UACUGCUUGUGUUGGUAUAUUCUUUUUUCUCGUUUACCCGUGUAUUCAUAUAAUUUAUAGACUUUCCCACACACUCGCUCCUUAUUGGAUGUGAAACAAACGCAGCCCUUUCAUCAGCUCCAACGUUUCUGAGAGCCAACAAAAUAGUGCCAUAGCAGCCACCAUACCAACACACAAACAGAGUUAGAGUUACACAAACAGAGUUCUAAUGAUUUGGGGGGUCGGGUAUGAAGUGAAAAGCCGGGUUCAGAGAGGAGCUCUUCCUCUCUGAAUUUCCCAGCUUUUCCUUCCUUCCUUCUUUCUUUUACUAAUACACUGAUGGUUUUCUUGGCUCACAAACAAAGCAAGUCUUGAAAUUGUGAACAACUAAGAGAAAAAUCAACUGGGAACACUUUGUUUCAGUCAGUUAUGUUCUGGGUCGACUUCCUUUGAUCAGCUUUUGCGGUUUUUCUGGGUAUUUUAUGAUGACUACCAUAGGCUGCAAAUGGUUCUGUGGAAAUGUUAAACUGGUUAGAGAAGCUCUCCUGCCUUUUGGCACUGGAAAACGGUUAUGUUGAUAGUUCUCUCAAAGACAUCAUCCAAUUUGUUACCAAGUUGUUUUAGCUGUGUGCUACAGGUUCAGUUGUGAUGUUAAGCUACUUAGAGAAGCUUUCUUGAGUGUUGGCCAUAUAAAAUGGUCGUUGAGGUAGCUCUCUCAGAGACGCAUGAUCCGUGGCUAAGUUAAUGUCAGUCGAGUUUCUAGAUAUGUCUAAGAAUGGUUUUUCUGUUGGGUGGCUUGUACUGACCUAAUUCUGACCCUGAAUUUCUGUUGGUAAAUCAAACUCUUUUCAGGAGGCAAAUCUCCUUUGGCAUAGAUAAACCUGACAGAAACUUUGGCUUCAUUUUGGGGCAAAUCUCCUUUGGCAAUAUUUAUUUCAAAAAAAAAAAAAAAAAAAAUUCUUCUAGUUUGGGAAGAUUCAGUUCUUUAGGGCAAAUCUCCUUUGGCAAUAGUUACUAAAUUUUCCUUUGGUUCGGUGACUUCCCUUGGCAGUGAAUAUUGGAGGAGAGCUUUUUGGUUGGACAAGUCUCAUUUGUCAUCAUACCUCGAAGAUCUCCUUCUGGAUUUGUUUUUACUUUCUAAUUCUCAGGCUGUUCACCCCUCUCUGUGGGGUAGAUUUUAUCUGGCAGUUGUAGCUUGUUGGUUCUUCUGUGUUUGGAAAUUCUCCAGAAGUUUCUUCUGGUGGAACUUCAGUCCAUUUAUUGGGCAAAUCUCCUUUGGCAUUUAGGGGUCGUAACUCGACUCCUGUUAUCCCUUUUGGGCAAAUCUCCUUUGGCAUCAGAUCUCCAGUUUUAUCAGUCUACAUUAUCUGUUGGAGUUAUUGACACUUCAAAUAUUUGCAUCAAUUGGAACAUAUAUUAUUUUACUGUUUGUUAUCGUCCUGAGGAACUGACUACAAACUGAAGAUCCUUAAAGCAGUACGUAGUAAGGUCGUAAGUUCAAAUUACGAGUGACACAAGUGUUGGGUUCUCCAUUUUGUUUAAAGAGACUGAGUUGUGCUAAUAUCUUCCAAUAGGCAUCUGAAUGAUGGAUGUGUUCCUUAGUGAGUCUGAUUGGGAGAGUAUCAGUGAGAGUGGUAGUAGUGAGGAUCAGGAGGAAACCGAAUACUUGUACAGUGGGCAGGCUAGGAGCAUUUUGUCAAGCCUUGAGGAGAGCAUUGAGAAAAUUGAUGAUUUUCUCUCAUUUGAGAGGGGAUUUUUUCAUGGGGAUUUGGUGUCCUCUGUAACAGACCCAACUGGACAGAUGGGCAGAGUGGUAGGCGUUGAUAUGUUAGUAGAUUUGGAGAGUGUUAAGGGAAAAAUAUUGAAAAAUGUAAAUUCCCAGACACUUUUAAAGAUUCGCUCCAUUUCAGUUGGGGAUUAUGUGGUUUGUGGGCCUUGGCUGGGAAGGGUAGAUAAAGUAGUUGACAAAGUCACAGUCAUCUUUGAUGAUGGAGCAAAGUGUGAAGUCACUGCCAUGGAUCAAGAGAAGCUCCUGCCACUUUCUCCCAAUCUACUGGAUGACUCACAGUACCCAUACUAUCCAGGACAGAGAGUGCGGGUCGGGCUCUUAAAUGUUUCCAAACGAGCUAAAUGGUUAUGCGGCACUUGGAGGAGAAAUCAAGAUGAAGGAACUGUUUUUUCAGUUGAAGCAGGUUUGGUGUAUGUGGAUUGGCUUGCAUCUGCUCCCAUGGGUUGUGAUUCGAGUUUGCCUGCUCCACCGUGUUUGCAGGAUUCGAAAAACUUGACUUUGUUGGCAUGUUUUCCAUAUACAAACUGGCAGCUUGGUGACUGGUGUAUGCUUCCAAGUGCUGACAGUAAGGGUGAAUUGGACCAAACAUUUCUUAACACAUCUACUGGGAAAGAGCAUGAGAACUUAGCAAGAGGAUUUCAGAGAACACACCUUAGUUCAAAUGUAGAGGAAAUCUUUGUUAUUGUGAAGACACGGACUAAAGUCGAUGUUGUGUGGCAAGAUGGUAGCCACUCCUUUGGACUUGAUUCCCAAAAUUUACUCCCUAUAAGUGUAGUAAACAUUUAUGAAUUCUGUCCUGAACAAUUUGUUCUGGAAAAGGGUACUUUUGAUGAUCCACACAUGUCUAGCAGCCGCAAAUGGGGUGUCGUGCUGUCUGCAGAUGCAAAGGAGCGAACUGUAAAGGUACAGUGGAAAAUUCUUGCUAUGACUGAAGCAAACAAUUUGGAUGGAGAUGGGACAGAGGAAACUUUGAGUGCUUAUGAAUUGAUUGAGCACCCAGACUUUUCCUACUGUUUUGGUGAUGUUGUGUUCAGAUUAAUCCAAAACCAGUUUGGUGUUCCAGCUGAUAAAGAUCAUGUAAACUCAGAAACUGGGAUGAGUGAGGCUCCUGCUUUGAAAGGUGAUAACUGCAGCAAGAAUCAAAAUCAGUACCUAUCAUGUAUUGGCCUUGUUACAGGCUUCAAAGAUGGUACUGUGGAGGUGAAAUGGGCUACUGGUUCUGCAACCAAGGUUGCACCUUAUGAAAUAUUUCGCAUUGAUAAAGUUGAAGAUUCAACCACUUCCCAUGUGCUUUAUGAAGAAAAUGUUGAGGAAUCAAAUCAAGAGAUUAUUGAACAUGAAAAACAAUCUCAUAACCAUAAAGGAAAGGAUUUGUUCGAUUCUGAUGGCUCUGGUGAGAAUUAUAAAAGGCAUUCAUGGGAGUUUAGCUUCUUUUUCCUACCUAAAGCCGCCAUUGGGUUUUUCACAAGCAUUGCAGCAAGCCUAUAUGGAUCCAUUGGCUCAACUUCACUGUCAUGCCCAGUUGUAUCUGGCCUUAAUUCUGAAGAUGGAAAUGAAUCUGGGAGUCUCCAUGAGAAAGAAGUACUGGAAACUUCUGAUCUUUUGCACACAUUCAGACACACAAGUUUAGAUCAUGAGGUGGAAGAGACUCUGGAUAAGGAUAAUGAUGUUCUUCCAUUUUCAACAGCUAGCGAGAACUCUGAUCUGUUUAGGCAGUUUGAUAUGGUUGGUGAUUGCUCAGACCAUCACUUUCUUGAUGCUGGCAAAGGGCUGGCGUUGUCUCAGGUGAAAAGCAAUUGGUUAAAGAAGAUUCAGCAAGAAUGGAGCAUUCUAGAGAAAAAUCUCCCUGAAACAAUAUAUGUCCGUGUCGUUGAGGAAAGGAUGGAUCUACUGCGGGCAGCCAUUGUUGGUGCCCCUGGAACUCCAUAUCAUGAUGGCCUUUUUUUCUUUGACAUUUCCCUUCCUCUGGAGUAUCCACAUGAACCACCUUCGGUGCACUACAAUUCGGGUGGGCUUCGCGUUAACCCUAACUUGUAUGAAUCUGGAAAGGUCUGUCUGAGUCUUCUCAAUACAUGGACGGGUACAGGCUCUGAAGCAUGGAAUCCAGGGAGCUCAACUAUUCUUCAGGUUCUUCUCUCCCUCCAGGCCCUUGUGCUUAAUGAGAAGCCUUAUUUCAAUGAGGCUGGAUAUGAUAAGCAGAUUGGAAGAGCUGAAGGAGAGAAAAACUCAGUGAGCUACAAUGAAAAUGCAUUCCUUGGCACCUGCAAGUCCAUGCUAUACCUACUACAGAAGCCUCCUAAGAAUUUUGAGGCACUAGUGGAGGAACACUUCAGGAGCCGCUCUCAGAAUAUUCUAAUGGCUUGUAAGGCAUAUAUGGAAGGGGCUCCACUGGGAUGUGCUCUUGGAUGUGGAAAGACUGAGGGCGAAAAUUUAAAGGGAAGUUCUACUGGGUUCAAAAUAAUGCUUGCUAAGCUCUUGCCAAAGCUUGCGGAGGCAUUUUCUGGCCAGGGCAUGGAUUGCAGCAAGUUUAUUGAGCCAGAAAAAUAAAUUUUCUGCAACUCCAGGUACUAAAAAAGUACCAGAUCAAGACAUCUCUACCCUGUUUAUAACCCUGUAAAAUAUCACUAUAAGCCCUUGGCAAAAGAUUGGUCAUGUUUUUUGUAUAUAUAUGGUUUGUAGUGAAAAAUGUCUUAAUAAGGCUUACGUGCCAUAUCUGUAUUAUAUUAUGUAAUGCAGACUCUGAAAUAAGAAGCAUCAGUGGGAUUUGUGUGUUUGAGAAA